AUGUUUGGACGGGGAGGAAUGUAUACGCCUAGAAUGCAAAGUCCGUUUCCUAUGCACAAUCAAAUGCAACAACCAUUUACACAACAAACAAUGCAGCGCCCAAUACUUUAUAAUCCUAAUGUUCCUGUCGGACAAUCACAAUCAAGUGAAGCAUGUAUGUCACAAACACAACAGCCACAAACGGCACUCACUCCCAGUACAACAAUGAUGAUAGCAAGUACUCCCGGAGUAGUGCCACCGACCAAGGCGGAAAAUUCCGUCCAUUCAUCAGAAAGUCCCGUAAAACAAGGAACUAAUUCGGAAAAAAGUGUUUUACAGUUAUUAAAUGAAUUAGCCAAAUAUAAUAAGUUGACAGCAAAAUACGAUUUGAUUAAUGAACAAGGUCCGGCGCAUGCUAAACAAUUUGAGGUCCGUUUAACACUGGGUACUGAAACAUAUGUGGGUCUUGGAACAAGUAUCAAACGUUCUCAGCAAGCUGCUGCAGAACAAGCAUUAGCGAAUACAAAAUUAAAAAAGCAUGAAGCACAAACACAAAAUAAUCAACAAGUACAAUCAUCUCAACGAGGUAGACAUCAGGGACGUGGAAGAGGAGGACAUGGGAAUCAACAUGGACGACAACAACAACAGCCACAAAUGUAUCCAUUGAUGAGACAAUCAUUUGGCGGUGGCGGUGCAAAUAUGAUGAAUUUCACGCCACAGCAGCAACAACAACAACAACAAAGACUCCCAUCUCAUAUUACAAUGGGUUCCUCUUUCCAUUAUCAUCGUCAAGACUCGAAUCUAUAUGAUAGAAAAUAUGAUGAUUUUCAUUCGCUUAAACGACAUUUGACUGCCAAACAUGAUGAUAUCAUUGAAUCCGACAUGACAAUAGCAGCAAUUCAUAAACUAGUGGAAGAUAUUGAACGUGCACUUAAAUUAACAUCAGAUAAAAUGAUGGAAGAUAGCAAAGCAAAAAAUGAAAAAGUGACACCACGAUUACCCGAACAUGUGAAUUUGACUUGUGAAGAGCAAACAGAAGAUCCAACAGAAGCAUUUCGAAUGUUGAAAGGCGCCAUGAAAGUUGGCGUUUUAGCUAUGCGUGUAUUUUUGAAACGUGAUCGUGAAUAUAGUUUGGUUCUUAUCUGUGCAAAUAAGCCAACCAUAGAUCUAUUAACAAAGAUUAGCCAAGAAUUAACUUCUACAUUGAAAAUGUUAACUAGUGACAAAGAAGAAGUGUUGUAUGAUAUUCAAGCCAGUAUGGAUGAUGCUUGCAUCUAUAUCAAAUGUAAUCUUCUACCCACACAUCGAAUUCGUAUUAUGUUAACGUCGCCUGUUUUACGAGAUGAAAAUUUUGUAAAUUUAUCCGAUGAAGGACGUAUUGAAAUAAAUAAAUUGAAUCCGGAUCCUGUUGAUAUGUUAAAUAAAGUCAAAUGUUUGGAAGCUGCUGCUGAAAUUCGUCAUUCAAACUGGUUUACCGGAUGCAUGUUACAAAAACGUACUGAUUUAAUUAUUUUGCGUGUUUUACGUUAUAUGCAAUUUGAAUGUAAACAAUUAGCACAUUUAAAUUUAUGGUGUUUAGCUUUAUUAGUAGAAAAAUCUUAUAAACGACAUUCAUCUAACGUACAAACGUAUUCUCCACCCGCACAUGUAUUAUUCCGUAAUAUUUUCGAAUGUUUAAGUGGUGGUGUUUUGUUGCCAAAUGUUGGUCCUGGACUGUUUGAUCCAUGUGAAAAAGAUCCUGUCGAUGCAGCCGCGUAUUUAACACCUGAGCAACGAAAUGAAUUGACAACAUAUGCACAAUUUGUUCUUCGACAAUUAGCCUUUCAACAAGCGCAUAAAGUAUUAAAUAUUGAUUAUAUUCCUCCAACAUCAACUGCAACUGGUAAUCGAGAAAAUAUUGUUCCAACUACGGCUAUUACUGAUCUUUCAGCUGUAUCUGUAAUGGCUGCAAAUGAUGUACAAGAGACACCUAUCCCUAUGGAAUCAACUACAGAGUUUGCUCCAAUCUCCCCAGCAUAG